CUGCAGGACCUGUGCAUCAUCAGAAGUCCUGCAGCUAUUGUAGAAACAAGUGAGGAUAAUACUGAAAAUGGCAGAUCAUGGAUAUAAAUGUUAUGUUCCAGGCUGUUCAGGGGAUGUGAGCACUUUCCAUACCCUUCCCACAGAAGAGAACUGUCAACAGGCAUGGUUGAUGUUUAUCUAUAACCGCAUACCGAAGCAAUUCAAUUCGAAGUUGUUAGUUUGCUCUGCCCAUUUCACCACUUUUUCAAACCUGGGACAAUAUCAAGCAGGCUUCGCUCAGCGUUUGAUACUGAAGAAGGGUGCAAUUCCAACUAAAUUGCCCUUACAACUGCUUCCACAAGCAAGUACAUCACUGCUCCUGCAUACAAAAGAUGUAGGUUGCCAAACAGAUGGUCCUAUUGUUUUAUCUAAGGCAACACAACUGUCCUUGAAUACAAUGAGGUCCCACCAUCAAAGCAAAGGUGUGCAGGUGACAGUGUCGUCUCAAAGUGUUUCGGUAGCUACCACAAAUACUGCAAUGCCAUGGCCCACAAUACAGCCAUUUACAUCGACACCAGUGAAGGCUGGAAGACCAGCCAAAAGAGCCCGUGUUGAAUUGGAGGAGGACAUGAAAAUCGGGAAUGUUUCCUCUUUAGCCACUGAUCCACAAGAUUCCAUUUAUGAUCCUGCACAGUCUGUUACAACUGAGACAGAAUCAUCAUGGGUUUCUGCCACAUCAUUGCCAUUCCAUAAGGAUGCUAAGUUCAUAGUUUUUGAAAAAUGCCUCCUUAGCCUGUUUGAGAGUUGUCCUGUUUGCACCAGGGCUUGUAAUGUGCACCCACGCAGAAGAGGGACCUUCGUGGCCAUUGACCAAAAGUGCCCCCACUGUGACUUCUUUAGACAGUGGAGGAGUCAGCCUGUCAUUGGCAGCACCCCUGUGGGCAACCUUCAGUUGUCUGCUGCCAUCUAUUUCAGUGGAGCUUCCUUUCCGAAGAUGCAAAAGGUGUUCAGGGCGAUGUACCUGAAAACGCAUACAUAUGAUGCUUUUAGAAGGCAUGCCAGGACAUACCUUGAACCUGCUAUCAUCCACAAGUGGAAUGAGGAUCAAAAUUUGCAACUGCGUUACCUGAGCCAGAACAAGAAUCUCAUUCUUGGUGGUGGCAUGCGAGCAGACUCGCCAGGACAUUCUGCAAAGUAUGGGUGCUACACCAUGAUGGACUUGCAGACCAACAACAUUGUAGACAUACAGCUGCUGCAGAGCAGCGAGCUAGGGGGAAGCUACCACAUGGAGAAGGAGGGCCUUAGAAGAAGCUUGGAUCGCCUGGAGGAAAGCGGUGUGAAGUUGGACUGCAUUGUCACUGACCGUCACCCCCAGAUACAAAAGUUCCUAAAGGAUCGUAAAAUCAUCCACUUUUAUGAUGUCUGGCACAUGGCAAAAGGAUUGUCAAAGAAGGUGGAGAAACUUUCCAGAGAGAAAGACUGUAGUUUGGUGAAGAAGUGGCAUAAGAGCAUCAUCAACCACCUGUACUGGUCUGCCACUAGCUCUGAAUCAGGACCAGAGAAGUUAGCCAAAUGGACCUCUAUCAUAAACCACAUUCAAGACAUUCACUCACAUACUGACCCAGCGUUCCCUAAGUGUCAACAUGAACAAAAGUUGUCUAAGGACCGUAACAAGUGGUUUCAACCAGGUUCGAGAGCACUGAAAAGGCUGCAUAAGGUCUUGAUAAACAAGAGAGUCCUUUCAGAUGUGGAGAAGCUGAGCCCACAUUACCAGACAUCAAUUGUGGAGUCAUUUCACAAGGUCAUCUUGCACUUUGCACCCAAAAAUAUUGUCUUCCCCUUCAUUGGAAUGCUAUGCAGGCUGUAUCUUGCAGCAAUGCACUUCAAUGAGAAUGUUGUCCAGCCACAAGGGAAACUUGUAUACAAGCUUCUCUUUCCAAAGGCCAAAAAGGGAGGACAAAACAUCAAACCAGUAAAGACAGAGUCAACAUUUUGCUAUGUCAUCAACUUGAUGGACUGUGUUUUUGAAGAGGUUUUCCGUGAUCCCCUUCCAUAUCUGGAUGCCAUACAGCAGAUUCCUGUGUCUUAUUACCUGUCUGCUCAGCAUGACAGACCUUACACAGAGAAAGCCAUUGCUGAGCAUGUGUCAUGUUUCAGUCUGAAUCCGAACUAUUGCCCUGCAGCAUCAGAAAACUCCCUUCAUAUGCGCAGCACCACACAUGUAGGGAUGACGACACAAACACUUCCUCCAAGGAAACCCCAGCACCAGCUGACAAACCACCUGUAGGCCAAAUGUCUGAACUGCCUGCAGGAACAGACGGAGAGGAAAGCACAUAUUCUUUGAUUUAUUAUUUAAUUUGUUAACAGGUUUUAUUGGGUGAAGUUUGUAUGAUGCUGAGGCACAAUAAAAGUGUUAUUUCAAUAAG